AUGGCGCCUGUUGUGACAGGAAAAUUUGGUGAGCGGCCUCCACCUAAACGACUCACUAGGGAAGCUAUGCGAAAUUAUUUAAAAGAGCGAGGGGAUCAAACAGUGCUUAUUCUUCAUGCAAAAGUUGCACAGAAGUCAUACGGAAAUGAAAAAAGGUUUUUUUGCCCUCCUCCCUGUGUGUAUCUUAUGGGCAGUGGAUGGAAGAAAAAAAAAGAACAAAUGGAACGCGAUGGUUGUUCUGAACAAGAGUCUCAACCAUGUGCAUUUAUUGGAAUAGGAAAUAGUGACCAAGAAAUGCAGCAACUGAACUUGGAAGGAAAGAACUAUUGCACAGCCAAAACAUUGUAUAUAUCUGAUUCAGACAAGAGAAAGCACUUCAUGCUGUCUGUAAAGAUGUUCUAUGGCAACAGUGAUGACAUUGGUGUGUUCCUAAGCAAGCGGAUAAAAGUCAUCUCCAAACCUUCCAAAAAAAAGCAGUCACUGAAAAAUGCUGACCUCUGCAUUGCCUCAGGAACAAAGGUGGCUCUGUUUAAUAGACUCCGAUCCCAGACAGUUAGCACCCGAUACUUGCAUGUAGAAGGAGGUAAUUUCCAUGCCAGUUCUCAGCAGUGGGGAGCAUUUUACAUUCAUCUCCUGGAUGAUGAUGAAUCAGAAGGAGAAGAAUUCACAGUCCGCGAUGGAUACAUCCAUUAUGGACAAACAGUCAAACUUGUGUGUUCAGUUACUGGCAUGGCACUCCCAAGAUUGAUAAUUAGGAAGGUUGAUAAGCAGACUGCGUUACUGGAUGCCGAUGAUCCUGUGUCACAGCUCCACAAAUGUGCGUUUUACCUUAAGGAUACAGAAAGAAUGUACUUGUGCCUUUCUCAAGAAAGAAUAAUCCAGUUUCAGGCCACUCCAUGCCCAAAAGAACCAAAUAAAGAGAUGAUAAAUGAUGGAGCUUCCUGGACAAUCAUUAGUACGGAUAAGGCCGAGUAUACAUUUUAUGAGGGGAUGGGCCCUGUCCUUGCCCCAGUCACACCUGUGCCUGUCGUAGAAAGUCUCCAGUUGAAUGGCGGUGGGGACGUAGCAAUGCUUGAACUAACAGGACAGAAUUUCACUCCAAAUUUACGAGUGUGGUUUGGGGAUGUAGAAGCUGAAACUAUGUACAGAUGUGGAGAGAGUAUGCUCUGUGUUGUCCCAGACAUUUCUGCAUUCCGAGAAGGCUGGAGAUGGGUCCGGCAGCCAGUCCAGGUUCCAGUAACUUUGGUCCGUAAUGAUGGAAUCAUUUAUUCCACCAGCCUUACCUUUACCUAUACACCAGAACCAGGGCCACGGCCACAUUGCAGUGCAGCGGGAGCAAUCCUUCGAGCCAACUCAAGCCAAGUGCCCCCUAAUGAAUCAAACACAAACAGCGAGGGAAGUUACACAAACGUCAGCACAAAUUCAACCAAUGUCACAUCAUCUACAGCAACAGUUGUGUCCUAA